CUAUCCCCUUUUCUCACCCUCCUACGUCAGUCAUCAUUCUCCCUCCUGUACAGUGAUCAGAUCAGUGGUCUACUAGGAUCACGCCAAGCAUGGAGCAGGCAAGACCCACUACCUCAACAAGGGCUCCGCUAGGGGCCCGCAACCUCAACACUCACCACGAAAGGCUCACUCAAGACGGAUCCAAUACCAAGAACCAUCGUGCUUCGUCGCCCUCAUCUUCGCUCCUCAUGGCAAAAGUCAAUGCCAUCAGAGCUCGGGAGAAUGUCAAGUCAAGGAUGCUCCAACAAGUCGACUACCCUACUCCACCUCCCUCCAGUCAGUCGCCCGCUCGAUCGCAGACAUCAUCAAGGUACUCUGCAUCUGCUUCUCCAAGCCCGCUGACCCCAGCGAGCAAGGCAAAGGACAGCUACAAGAGAGAUCGAGAGAUCACCAGCCCUGUCAUAGCAGCAAGAACGCAGCUCAAGGACGAUUCGCCGAAUCCUCGCAUGAAGAAGAGAACCGAUGAGCGACCUACGCCGAAUAGGAGACCAGCGACUGCGCAGCCUCGGUACAGCGCUGACAGCGACGCAGACGAUGAUGAUGAGGCGCAAAAUGCAGGGAACAGUCCAAGACGCAGCAAAGCUUCAUCAGGAGGUUCUCGCGUCCUCGAUCUUAUGUCCAUCCGCUCAGAUCCUAUUCCUAGCGAGACGACUGCUGCCAACAUUUCGGCCUCCUUCGACAGCAGCAUUCGUCGAUCAGGACGAGCACGAACUCAAGCGCCUGGCAAGGGUAUCGCAGCCGCUUUGGCUCCUGCUCCAUCCCGAGCUGGCGAUCGCGCGUCCCCAGGAGCCUCUUUCUCAACCGGUCGGCAGCGCUCAGCUACUCCUCGUCAAGCCAACUCAGCGUCUCCCGCCUUCGUCAGUUCUCCUGCUCCUCCAGCAGCCAUAGAAUCCGAAGCAGAGACGUCCGACCCAAACGAACUGUUCUCGUCCAGCGACGAGGACGAGAACGAAGCGCAGUACCACUCUCAGCCUAUCCUCAAGCCCGUUGCCAAGCGCAUUUCUGGCUCUCGCGGUCGUGUCUCCAACUCUCAGCCUCUUCCAUCUUCCUCCGGCAAGUCCAGCAGCGGAGGACGACGUUCUGUUCCUCCUCCGCAGCGUCGUCGCGCCAAAUCUGCCCAGCUCGGUACGGCCAAGACGCCCGCCAACGGGGGCAAGACUCCGCAUGGCAGCAAGAAGAAAGCAGCGACGACCGUCAAGCGGCCCCCACCUAUUGGACCUAGGGAAAAGCUGAGCCCCUUUGUCCCGCGACCAGCGAGCCCAAGUGAUGAUCCGUUACUGCUCAAGGGACGUGACGGGUACGGUAGGCGGGCGGAGGAGCAGGAGCAGGACUACGAAGAUGGCGAGGUCAAUGAUACCUUUGCGGCGGUGGGAAGGCAGGGUAGGCGAGCCGCGCCGGCGGACAAAGAACAGUCUUCCUCGUCAGCUACAAGUGAGCGAGUCUCGCUGCUUGAUCCCGCCCUGUCAGAGCAUGAGUACUCCUGCGGGCAAGCCGACAGCAGCGAGGACGAGGAUGAAGGUGCCGAUGACGAUGGUGCUGCGAUGGAGCAGGAGCCACAGGGAGCCCACUCUUUCAGCAGCGACUUCUCGCGCCUCGCAGCAGAGAUGCGGGCUGACCUUGGCACGGAAGAAAAUGCCGCUGCCGAGGAGAUGGAGCAGGAGGAACCCGAGGAAUACUCGGUCGAGAUGCAUGAUGCGGGUCACGACGGCCUCGACUUUGCUUUCGGCGCCGAUAAUCAUCACGACGAUGGCGGCUUCUACAUGGAUGCGGCUGCAGGCGCUGACAGCGAUAGCGAUGACGGCGGCUACAGCGCCUUGCAAGAGCAAGAGCAAGCGCAAGCGCAACACGUCAGCGGCUCAAUGCAAAAUCUCGAGACAUCAGAGGACCAGAAAGUCGACUUCAUGGAGUCGAGAGUCAGUGAGGACGUCUCUGAUGCGACCUGGCCAGACGAGCAGGACGACACCCGCGUGACCGAGCCGGCGGCCAAUUACCGAGACGAAGAGGCUCAUAUCGCUGCAAUUCAGGGGUCACCGAGCCGCUCCGCCGAGGCAGACAUCAGACAGGACGAAGAUCUCGCUCCUGAGCAACCAGUCAGUGAGGACGAGGCUGUGCAGUCGGUUGACGAGGAGGUGGGCUCGGACCUGCAUGAGCCAGCGCCACUCGCACCAUCUUCUGCGAUUAGGGCAGUCGUCGACGACGAGCGCGAUGCAGCCGAGGCAGAGGAGACGCUCAAUGGCUUCGCAAAUAUGAGCGUCACGCAAGACGAGGGCGAGGACGAAGAAGAGCAUGAUGUCAAGGCUGCAGAGAGCCUCUUCAAGCAAGUCACCGGGGCGCCAAUUGAGUCCACGCCAGCUCGAGCACCGACAGCGGCCACGGCUCAGCCCAGCCUCUUCUCUCAGUCCGUCAUACUCCCCUCGCCCUCGACCACGGGCAUGGCGCAGCGCUCUCAUUCCCACCUCGAGUCCGAUUCAAUGCGCUCGAUGAUGCACUCCCUGCAUCGUCCCACACCAAUCGUCGAGGUCAUGAGCUCUGACGCUCAAGCCGCAGCCCGUGCGGCAGCCAUCUUGCGCCUUCACCACAACUGGAUUCAUGAAGGCACGCUGACUACCACGGCUGGUCAUGAUGGUGCCGAGAAGACCUUCGUAGGCAGCGUUCUCACUGGUGGCCAUGACGAUACGACAGCGCCUGGUGACAAUGAGCUCCCGCAGCUGCUCAAGGACGCGGAGGCUGAGCUGGCGAGAUUGGGUGUUGCAGAGCGGAAUCAGGCUCGCUCCAAGACUCCCGAUGCUGUCGCCGACACAACGCCGGAGGCCAACUAUCCCGCCGCAACGGCUGCAACCCCCCUCGCCAACCAAACGCUUAGUGCCCCGACGCCUCGCGUGCCUGGCGCUUGGUCGUGGUCACCCCUCAACCUCUCCUUCCUCGCGCCUUCACUGUCAACGGCCUCCUCUCGCGCUCCUUCUCGCGAGCCAACGCCGCUAAAUGGCAACGCUCUCUCCCAGGCGCUGCAGGCUGAUUCAACGUCCUUCCCUCGCUCGGCUUGGAAAGCGCUGGAGGGUACUGUGAAGGGAAUGGUACGCGAGGCUGUCGGCGAAGCUCAAGGCGGGGACAAAGACAAGGCGCAACGUGCCGCAUGGCGUACCCUCUCGCUCUCCACCGCUGUGGAUCGCUUCAUCGCCGCACACGACAUCGACGCCUCUCAACUGCGCGACAGGUGGAGUCGUAGAAGCCUAGAACGCUCAGUGCUCGCCUUGCAGCGUCAGUACUUCUGCAAGCUUGAGAGGCGUAAUUUUGGCUGCUUGACGGAAGAGGAGGCACUCCUGGCCGAGCGACCGUUGGGGAGUGAGAGCACAACGAUUGGACAGAUCACUGCGCCGGUCGAUAUGACGAGCUCGCAUUUGCAGACGCCCAUGGCUAGUCUCAGUAGGGCUGUCCUGUCUGGUGCCGAGCCCUCGCCUUUGAUGCGGGCUGCCACCGCUUCGCAUUCGACGCCGCUUGAUCCUCGCAGCGGGUCGAACAUUGCCGCAAGCCGAGCCAACUCUGCGGCACGCGCUGUUCCUCUGGACCCACCUACUCCACUCGCAACACCUAGUCAGCCUUUCCCGUCGCCUGCACCUGCUGAGGCGCACGACGUCGCUGCGACACCAGUCCAGCAGCAACGCGAAUCCAGCACGGAGGGUAGCUUCAUGCAGCGCUCUUGGUCGCUCAAGAAGAGGGUUUCGCAGCUCUUCAGACGGGGAGAGGAGGCUGAGAAGGAGCAGGAGCAGGACCCGCCGCAAAAGCAGGCACAAGAGCAAGAGGGCCAACCGGCAGAGGAAUCGACAGAAGUAGUAGUUGAGAGUGAGGCUUCUUCUUCACCGUCGGAAGAGGAAGUCGUCACAGCCGACGUCGAAGAAGCCCUGCCUUCUCCACAUUUCUCUCCUCGAUCCAUCUACCCUGCUGUUCCAACCUCGCCCAUGCUCUCGUCCGCCAUGCCACCACCUCCGCCACCCGAGCCAACAGCCGCCGACCUCUCAUCAGCAAGCGCUCGCGAAUUGUCCGCAUCCUCCGUAUCAGCGCGUCCUCGUGGCCGCAGCAGCAUCAGCUCCACGACAAGCAGCUCAGCCGACGACUCUAACAGCUCGCUCCUCGCGCAAGAAGCAGCGGCAGCCGCGGCCGUCAUGCUUCAGAAGCGUCAGCUCAACCGAGUCAGCCGGACUACGGGGCUUGUCACGGAGUCGCCGAAAACAAAAGGCGGCAACAACAGCUUCAUCAUCAGCAAUAGUACGAGCACCUGGAUCUCGCCGCGCGUGCUGCGCAAGGCCAGGGCCAGCCAAGCUGGUGGCGAAGGGGCAAGGAGCCCACUGGCAAAGAGGACAAUCGUGACAGCCGCGGUGGACAGGUACAAUACCUCGCGCGCCUCAACAUCGCUCCUCUCCCCUCCUCGGGCGCGCAGCUCCCUCUCACUCGCGCAUCGCUCCAGCUCGUUCGUCCGACCUACUGCGGUGCUCUCCGCAAACAGCCCAGCCAAGCGCGCCUCAGCCCCCGUCUCCUUCCCCAGUCGCAACCUCGGCACGAGCGGAGGGGGAAGUCGCGGAGGGUCCUCCUUCGUGCGACCCACCGUUCUCGCGGGACUGGGAGACGACAGUCAUGUCUCUGCGCGCUUGAAGGCUCAAGCUCUUGCGAAAGCCAGAGAAGACCGCACAUGGUUGAGCCCCCUUGCUAAGCGCAGAAGAGCGGAACAGCUUGAAGCUCAAGCGGCCGGCAGGAAGCAAAGUGCGAAGGGUGUAGACCCAAUCGCUGCUGCUGUCGCGGCGAAAGCGGCUGAGCGUAGGGCGAGAGGUAGUUGUGCUUCACCUUCCUUUUUGAGCAGAAGGCGUGCUCAGGAGGAGCAGAAGGAGAACAGCUUCGACCAGUCUGCGGAAGAAGGCAGCAGUAGCCUGCAAUUCAGACUGCCCUCAACCAGCGGUAGUGCGACUUCUGGGCGGCUCUUUGCGCCCAGGCGAGAUGCUAGCAGCGGCAGUAUCGUGGCUAGGCAACUGUGAGGUAAAUGAGCAGGGACCCUCAGUGCUUAGCUUGUGGAUUUUGUUAGUACGGCAGCGGUGCUUUUCCCUCUUCGCUUUCUCUGCGCGCUUCUCGCGACAUUGCAUAUCGUAUCGCGUAGGUAUUUUGAUUGUUCUCAUCCCUUUGUCAUCUUGCGCAUUCAUACCACUUGCUAGCAAUGAUCGCGUGUCGCCGAUGCCUGUCGCCCUCGCCCGUUGCCCAGCCUCCCAUCUCCUUGUCGGCAGGAGAAGGGGCUAUGCCGUGCGACUUUGCUCGUAGCCAAUCUUUGCGGCCUGACGAUGCAUUUUCGCCGUACCUCCUCGCUGAAG